CUCCCCACAUGGUGCUCACCCUCCUUGUCUCUGCAUACAAACUGUGCCGCCUAGCGAUGGCCAACCCUGAGACUCUGGCAGCAGUGCCCAUCUACGAGGGCAUGUGGGCACAAAGUCCUGGGCCGUACCAGGAGGUCUCCCCUGGGGUGAGCACCGACAUCCAAGCCGCUCUGCACAGAAUCCUGCCCGACUUGCACCAAGCCAUUUCUGCCAUCAAGCAAGCUGCUGGCCCCAAAGACCUCCAGGCUGGCAUGGCAGAGGUCCUGACGCUGGUGGAAGAAGCCUGGGUGAUGCCCACGGUGGGCAGGGAAGUCGCCAAGGGUCUGUGCGACGGGAUUCGUCUGGAGGGAGGCCUGGACCUGCUGCUCUCCUUCCUUCAGUCGGCGGAUCUGGAGACCAAGUGCCAAGCCGGGAAACUGCUGGAGCAGAUCCUGGUGGCUGAGAAUCGGGACCGAAUUGCUCGGAUCGGCCUUGGGGUGAUCCUCAACCUGUCCAAGGAGCGAGACAACCCUCAGCUGGCCCAGAGCACCUCCGGCAUCCUGGAGCACAUGUUCAAGCACUCGGAGGAGACUUGCCACCAACUGAUCUCCGACGGUGGUCUCGACGCCAUCCUCUACUGGUGCCGCUGGAGCGACCCCGUGGUGCUGCGCCACUGUGCCACAGCCCUGGCCAACUGCGCCAUGUACGGGGGGCAGGCCAACCAGCGGCUGAUGGCCGAGAAGAGGGCGGCGGAGUGGCUCUUCCCCCUGGCCUUCACCCAGGAGGACCAGCUCAUCCGCUUCUACGCCUGCCUCGCCAUCACUGUUCUGGCCACCAACAAGGAGAUCGAGAAGGAGGUGGAGCGCUCCGGGACCCUCGCUUUGGUGGAGCCUUUCAUCGCCACCCUGGACCCAGGGCAGUUUGCUUGCACCCUGCUGGGCAGCAGCGACAACAGCCAAGGAAGGACGGGGGACGACUUGCAGCGCCUGGUGCCCCUGCUGGACAGCUCCCGCCUGGAAGUCCAGUGCAUCGCUGCCUUCUACCUGUGUGUCGAGGCGACCAUCAAAGCCAGGCAUAAGAAAACAAAGAUUUUUACUGAGAUUGGGGCCAUCCAGAGUCUGAAGAGGAUCGUCUGCUACUCUCCCAACGACACCACCUCCUCCUUGGCCAAGAAGGCUCUCUGUGCCAUGGGAGAGGAGGUACCCCGGCGCCUCCUGCCCACCGUGCCCAACUGGAAACCCCUGGAGGUGCAGAAGUGGCUCCAGCAGAUCGGCUUCGUCAAAUACUGCCCCCUUUUCUUGGAGCACCAGGUGGAUGGGGACCUGUUGCUGCGGCUGACUGAGGAGGACUUGAAGGGGGACCUUGGCAUGGACUCCAGCAUCACUCGCAAGCGGUUUUUCCGUGAACUGACCGAACUGAAGACGUAUGCCAAUUACUCCACCUGCGACCGGAGCAAUCUGUCUGACUGGCUGGGCGGCGUGGACCCCAAAUUCCGCCAGUACACCUACAACCUGGUGACCUGCGGCAUCGACCGAAACUUCCUCCAUCGUGUCACUGAGCAACAGCUGCAAGAAGACUGCCGGAUGGACAUUGGUUUCCAUCGGGUCCGAAUCCUUAAUGCAGCACGUGAGAUGCUCCACUCCCCCUUGCCAUACAGCAAUGGAAAAGCCACCUUGGAGGGGACAGAUGUGUUCAUCAGCUACCGAAGAAUCUCAGGAUCCCAGCUGGCCAGCCUCUUGAAAGUCCACCUCCAGCUGCACGGAUUCAGCGUCUUCCUGGAUGUGGAGAAACUGGAGGCUGGGAAGUUCGAGGACAAGCUGGUCCAGAGCGUCAUGAGUGCCCGCAACUUUGUGCUGGUCCUUUCCUCCCAUUCCCUGGAUAAGUGCAUGGAAGACACUGAGUGCAAAGACUGGGUGCACAAGGAAAUUGCCACGGCCUUGAGCUGCGGGAAGAAUGUCAUCCCAGUGACGGACCAUUUUGAGUGGCCUGACCCUGAGACGCUCCCCGCGGACAUGCGGGCUGUCCUGAAAUUCAACGGUAUCAAGUGGUCCCAUGAGUACCAAGAGGCCACGAUCGAGAAGAUCAUCCGGUUCCUGCAGGGCCGUUCGUCCCGAGAUUCUUCUGCUGGUUCCGAGAACAGCCUGGAAUGUGGAACCCCCAUGGGACAGACCUAGAACUGGCAGGAGCUGCCCCCGACGGCUUUCGGCUAGGUGGAGAAAGGGACCAGGGCAGGUGCUCCGGUCUUCCCCUUCCAUCUGGGUAGCAAAGAAUGGCCUUGAUCAUCACCCUCCCUGCCUUUAGCAAGCUCUGAUGCCACAGUCUGAUUGCCCUCUUUGGCACGUGCCACUGUGGAAGUUGUGUGAAUAUUUUGCGGGGUGGUGGUGGUUUCCUUUCGGCCUGGAACGUCCUUGGCUGAACCCUC